AUGGUCAUUAAUGUUUUGGUGAAUUCUCCGAGAGGUAGUGUGUUUCUUGAAUCUUAUGAUGCUAGUGACUCCUCAACCGAUUCCAAUAAAAUGUUCAACUUGUUUGAGGAGACAGUAUUGAAAGUUGGACCGGAAAAUGUGGUUCAAGUUGUUACUGAUAACGCAAUUUUUGCUAAGGCGGUCAAGAUAUAUUCUUACAUUAGUCAAAGGCCGUUGUUGUUGAACAUGAUGAGGAGAUACACAAAAGAAAGAAAUUUGGUGAAACCGGCUAAGACAAGAUUCACAACAGCUCUCUUGACCUUGCAUAGCUUUUACCUGCAAAAGCAAAAUUUGCGAACCAUGUUCUUGUCAACCGAAUGGAGUGAGAGUAACUAUGCAAAGAAAGCUCUUGGGAAAGAAGUUGCGAGAUUUGCUAUUAGUCCUGCUUUUUGGAAUGACACUGUUCAAGCACUUAAAGUUGAAAAAACCACCAAUGGGAUCAUUUAUGAAGCCAUGGAUAGGGCUAAAGAAGCUAUUGAGAAAGCAUUUGAUCAUGAUAGGAGGAAAUAUGAGAGAGUGUUUCAAAUCAUUGAUAAAAGAUGGGAUGAUCAGCUUCAUCAACCUUUACAUGCAGCAGGGCAUAUUUUGAAACCCGGAUUGUUUUACACAAACAAUGAGAACAAGACUUUAGAUUUAAAUAUUUGGAAGGGGUAUCAUGCAUGUGUUGCGAAGUUGGUGCCAGAUGAAGCGAUGCAAGACAAAAUAGGGGAAGAGUUUCAUGUGUAUAGGCAAGCCGAUGGAAUUCUUGGAUUACCUUCGGCUAUUAGAGGCAGAACCAAAUUGCCACCAGUUCCAAACUUGCAACAGUUUGCUAUCAGAGUUCAAAGCUUAACUUGUAGCUCAUCCGGAUGCGAGAGAAAUUGGAGUGUUUAUGAACAGAUUCAUAGUAAGAAGAGGAACAUGCUUGAGCUAAAGAAACUCAAUGAUCUCAUGUUCGUAAAAUAUAAUAGAACAUUGGCUUGUCGUUACAAAGCUCGCAAUAUCAUUGAUCCAAUUUUAUUGGAUAGCAUUGAUGAAGCAAAUGAAUGGUUAACCGGAGGCCCCGAAAAUCAUGAAGAAGAAGAAGUGUGUGAAGGAGAAGGUCUCACUUUUGGUCAUGUUGCUAUGGCAAGUGGAGUUGAAGAGAAUGUUUAUGGUUUUAGGGGAAGUACUUUAAGGAGCAAAGAAAGAGUAUCUACAAGUACAAGUACAUGUACAAGUAGAACCCUAAUUAAUGAAGCCUCCGAUGAAGAAGAAGAAGAUGAUGACCAAUAUAAUAACUCGAACGUGAUGACACUUCAAGAGUUUGGAGAUCUGAAGAAUAGGAUGUUGCUCCUUUUGUGGUUUUGUUUUGCAUUUGCUUAA